UAUGGUGACAUCUGGAUGCUGAUCGGUGAUUGUUUUAGAAGAUUCAGUUUGUUUGGUUGGGGUGUCGGUGGAUUGCUUUGUGAGAAAGUGGUCGCGGCUCUGUUGCUGCAUUUUAGAGAACGUGACUGUGUAGAGGGCACAAGGUAAUGCACGAGAACUACUAGGUUAUGGAUUCGUGGAAGAGUUACUUUUAGUACCUGUGUACGUUUGUAAGGAUCUGCAGUGUGAUUUAAAUUUUUUCUUUCGACGUUUGUGUAGUUGACUGUAGUACAUUGUAUAGUGGAGUGGUAAUGGGAGGUGCCGUAAAUGUCAUUGAAGCUCUGGUCAGGACAUAAACGCGGGACAUUUUUUCCACAAAAGUAGACCAACAGUUCAUUGCUUUAGAAUUUGGUUACCAACAAUAUUAACCACUGCUUUACUUCAAUUUUUUGUAUGAUCACGUUAUGUUUUGAAAUUUGGGGCUAUUCACAGAAUAUGCAGCAGGAGGGGGGGAAAUCCGGGUUCGCCUCGGUUUCAUAGUAACAUCUAAAGUCCUAAUGCUCGAUCGCGAUUUUCACCCUUUACACCCUCUGGCUCAUUACCAAGAGCUGGACCACCAACAUGGCAAAGUGGUCCUCCUGGCCCUCAGUUUAGGCCAUAUGUUCCCGGCCAACAUCCUGGACCCCCUAAAACCCUGGCAGAUCGGUGUCUGAAUUCCGUUUCUUCAGUACCAGUAAGACCUCCAUUAGCUUACCGUCCAGGAGGUAACCCCGUGGGUUUUCAGCCAUUCCAAACUGCACCUCUUGUCCCUGGUCCACCGCCUCCAUUCUUUGCUAGGCCCCCGCCUCCAGGAGGUCCGCCCAUGGCAGGUCCUCCUGGUGCUCGCCCACCUUCUUUAUCUGCUUCUCCGAAUUUCGCAUCUGUAGGUUCAGCUGGUCAUACAAACUCUCCGGGUAGUCCUCGGUUCCGACCCGGUGGUGGCGCUGGAAGACCCCAUCAGGAAUCAGGGUAUGGUCCUCUGGCUAGCUUCCCUACUUAUCCUGGCCCUCCACUACCGCCUGGAGCGUUGUCUCCACCUUCAAGCACUAUGCCAUUGUUUACUAGUCCAUCGCAGGCUCCUCCUCCUUUGGGUUCUCGGUUUGGACAACCACCUCAGCCACUAGUAUCGGCGGGACAACAAUAAUUCCAUGCCGCAGUUACCAAAGUCUGCAUCGACUAUUCCUCAACCUCCUCAAUUUUCUUCAUUUAAUCCUUAGUACGGAGCCCCUCCUCUAUCACAUGGAUUCUACGGUGGACCACCUCCUCCGCCGAUGCCAGGACAGUACAGUGAUGGGCAAGCUGGCGCAAAUAGCCACCCACCGUCAGCAGGCUCUUAUGGUAAAAACUACCGUCAGGUACAAGGUUUAGUCGAAGAUUUUCAAUCGCUUGCUUUGGUACCUGUACUUGGAUCAUCAGACAGCACAGUAGACUCAGUCACACUUCCGAGGCCACUUUAUUUUGCGGAGGAAGGGAAGCCAAGUGGGAACCUAAAUUGUCAUCCUCGAUAUUUACGUCAUACAACCAAUGCCAUGCCAAAUGCUCAGUAUUUAGCGUCGCAAUGGCAUUUGCCCCCAGGAGUCGUUACUCACCCUCUCGCGGAGGCGCCACCUGGGGAAGUUACAGUGUUGAAUUUUGAGGGAUCCAUAGUGAGAUGUCAACGGUGUCGAACGUACAUAAAUGCUUAUGUGAUGUUCACAGAUGGGGGGCGUCGGUGGCGUUGCAACGUAUGUGCAAUGCUAAACGAAGUGAACUUGUAUUCAAUUCCCAUGGAGUAUUUUUGUCCUCUGGAUGAGAACGGACGGUGGCGAGAUGCAGACCAAAGGCCAGAGCUUUCUCGUGGUAGUGUGGAGUUUGUCGCUCCAACUGUGUAUAUGGUGCGGCCACCGAUGCCGCCCUUGUACUUCUUCCUCAUCGAUGUCUCCUUGUCUGCUGUGAAGUCUGGGAUGGUCAAGGUUGCUGCAGAGACAAUCAAAGCAUCACUGGACAAGCUACCAGGGUUUCCUAGGACACAGAUUGGGUUUGUGACCUUUGUCAGCACUCUGCACUCCUAUAAUCUCAAGUCUUCAUUGACACAACCGCAAAUGUUAGUCAUUGCGGACCUUGAUGAUCCUUUCUUACCACUUCCCGAUGAUAUGCUGGUAAAUUUGUCAGAGUCUAGGACCGUUGUGAACGUCCUUCUUGAUAGCCUGCCUUUAAUGUUUGAAAACAAUAUCAACGUCGAGUCGGCUCUUGGGCCUGCCCUAAAGGCAACUUUCAUGGUCAUGAGUCAGCUGGGAGGUAAAUUGCUCCUUUUCCAGAGUACCUUGCCAUCUCUUGGUCUUGGGAGGCUGAAGCUUCGUGGCGACGACCCUCGCAUUUAUGGAACCGAGAAAGAGCACUUUCUUCGUAACACAGGAGAGCAGUUCUACAAACAAAUGAGUGCUGAUUUUUCAAAGUUUCAAAUCUCUGUUAAUGUUUAUGCUUUUGGUGAACGGUACAUAGAUAUAGCUUCUUUAGGUGAGUCCUCGCAAUAUACAUAUUUAGAACUCGUUCCUGUUUUACGUACUGGUUCUAUUGGUCAUUUGUAUAUCAAUCCAAGAAAGGAAGGGACGGUCCGGAAUUCAGAGAAGUUAACACUCUUAAAAUUGGGCCCGAAAGCUGAUGGACUUGCGGGAUUUCCUGAUCCUCUGGCACUCUCUUCGGAAAAUCUCGAUCCACGUGGAGCGUUUCUGUUGAAUGAUGGGUUGCGAUUUGUGUUAUGGUUAGGGAAGGAAUUCGUGAAAGAUCUGCUCGGGCCCGAGGCUGCAUUUGCUGCCGAUUCCUCCAAGAUUAUUGUAGUGGAACAGAAUUUUGUAAUCUCUAAACGAUUAGUGUCAGCUUUGCAAUCACUCCGACAAAGUUGCCCGGCCGUAUAUCAACUUUGCACUGCAGUGAAACAAGGGGUGCAACCAAGGGAAGGAACUUCUGUGCUGUCUAAUUUAGUUGAGGAUCGAACUGCUGGGACUAGCGGAUAUGCCGACUUUGUUGUCCAGAUUUAUCGCCAGGUUUCUCAGAAAUCGUAGAAGGUUAUUGGCCAAAUCUUUUAUCAUAACUAAGGACUAGGUCUAUAUUCCAACGAUUGUCUCUACUUUAUUUCUCACAUCAAUUUGUAUUAUCCAGUAUAUGUAGAAUGUGAAUUACUAGAUUGAUAAUCAUUGGUUGACAGGAAAGUCGAGGUGCUUCCUAGCGUAGUUCUAUCCUUUAAUCUGGUAGGCUGGAUCCCUUGCAACAAGGUAGUGUUCUAUUUUUUCUAGAUACGGACUAUCUCAGAAUACGAUUAGCUUCUCGCAACUCUGAUUUAACUAGUCACCACUGCAUAGUUGUAGAUGCAUUUGCUAAAGGAUAUGUGGAUGUCUAGGCAUUAGUUGAUCCAAUCACUUGAGCGAGCUCUUGCUGACCAUGAUUUCGUUAUGUCCUUACGUACAUAUUGGUCAAUUCCUUGAGGUGCUUUUUGUAGCGGCAGAUUUCAAUAAAAGAUCGAUUCGAAGUGA